GAUCAGAAAAAGAGGCAUGGUAUAGUACUAUGGUGGCGUCCAAUUACAACCCUGACAUAUUUUUUCUUUGAGCUGGGAAUUCUGUUACAUGACUACAAGGAAAGGUAAAUGUACUGUAAUUGUAUGUUAGAUACAUUUCUUGUAAUUUGCCCCUAUUCUUCAGUUAGUGCACUCCACCAAAAUCCCACUUAAACUGUUCGUUAAUUUCCUGUCAGGAUUGUAUAUGUUCUGGUUCAAUUUUAUCUUGGUUGAAAAUGUUAUUUCCUUUGUUUUGGGUAUGGUUAAGUAAGACAAAGGAAAAUGUUUUAAUAAUGUCGUAAACAAAAAACAUAUCUUAAAAUCCCAAUGAAAAUGUAAUUAUGAUGUGCUUUCUAAUUCACAAAGAACCACUGGAUUUAUGGUACAUUCUAGUUAGCAGGUCAUGUGGACGCUGUAUUUCAGUCAAUUUUCCACAUGUUUUAGAUGGAUUUACCCAGAAUUUGUUCAUGUGCAAAUUUACGUUAUUGAAUUAUUGUCAUUUGUUAAUUGCUUGACAGAGUUGAUUGUGUGGCUGAUAUGGCAAAACAUGAAUAAAAGCCACAUUUUUUUAAAUGCAAAACACGCUUUUUUGUCCAACAUGCUGGAAAUCGCAUUUGAGGGCUUUGAAAUUUUAGAAUUUUUCUGGGGCAGCAUGCCCCCAGACCCCCCAGAAAAAGGAGGCUAGUGGCCUCCUGUUGAUAGAGUUGGUUACUCGAGUCAAACCUGCUGGCUACCUCAAUUUUUACUGAAACCGCUAUGCUACCAAACUAAGUGCAACAUAAAAAUAACCGCUCAGAACAUGAAAAGAAGGGAUAAAAUAAUAACACAGCAAAUAUACAGUAAAAGGAGGCACGGAUGGACAAACUUGAAGAAGAUUGAAAUGGAUUGCAAUUGUGCUUUUUGAAAACUUGUUAGCCUAACAGUUUUUUGAAGAUCAUUUUUGUUAUUUGUAUAUGUUUGAAAUACUACUUGAGAGACAUUCAUGUGACGUCAAGCUGUGAUUUUGCCGUUUACUAGUAAUUUCUUAAAGUUCCAUAGCAAUUAAGGACACGUAAGUAUCAUUAUUUAAUAACAAAAUGCACCAGACAGCCAUGACAGCCUCUUUAAUAUUAUGUAUUAAACAGCAAAUGGUGACACACAAUGACACCCAUGAUGUUAAAAACAACUUAAAUGUUUAAUUAUACAUGAGGCAUCUCUGAAUGACUGUCAAGUAUUCUACAAAAUAACCAUCACAUGUAUCCAUUAGAAUUGCAGUGAAAGAAAUUGAUUAACAUGAGAAAACCUUAACGAAACGGGUUAUAAAACACUUGAGAAGCUUGAGGGGAAGUUAAGGUUAUUUCACAGUGGCCUUGUACACACCAAUGAUGAGGCCCCCAUGUACAUGCUCCUAAUAAACAAAGGGGAAACCUGCUGGUCAGAAUACCAGCAGUAACAAAUUAAUGAAGGUAUUAUUAUUAAUUAUUUAUUCACAACUCACAUUAAUAUAAUGAUACUAAGUGAGCUUUGUUUGAAAGGUGGCUCAUAAUAUCAUCCACCCCUAGCUGUUCCGGUGUUCUUUCCUGCUCAUGGAAAGCUAAGAAAAUUCAAAUAGAAUAGUAAUAAACCAUAUGUUACUCCUUAUCAAAUUAAUGCCACAAACAUUUGCAAAAAAUGAUUUUUUUUUGAAACCUGAAUGAAGACAACCUUUUGCUAGCCUUUAAGUACUUGUAAGUGUAUGAGUACUUUUUUUAGUUUAAACAUAAGUUUUCUUGCUUUUUUAAAACUUUUCAGAACACUGAAACACAGGAAGACUGUUUCGUCAAUAGUUGUUAUCUCCAUUUUAACGAUUCUUGCCUAUAAUUUGGAUGGGGCACAUCAAGAGGUACAAACUACUUUUUACAAGUACUUUAGUUCUUGCAGGACUUAUGUUUUAUCAAUAAAUUAUUAUCAAUGCAUGUGAAGCUCUCUCAACAGACACUCCAGUAAGCAUAAAGCUCCUUUUAUGGCCAUUUAUAAAACUAUUUGAACUCUCUGCUUACAAAUUUAUUCCUAUUUUCAUUGAUAUGUUUGCUCCGAAAUGGGCACGUGGGCCCCAUAAUUUAGCACGUUUUCCCUCCUGGGACCCUUGCAUUACCCCUGGGUAUUGAGCGUGGUAUUUAAAUGUUUUGCCAACAUCAGGAUCACUUUUCAGAUCGCUUUUCUAUGCGUUCAUGCCCCGNCUUGAGAAGCUUGAGGGGAAGUUAAGGUUAUUUCACAGUGGCCUUGUACACACCAAUGAUGAGGCCCCCAUGUACAUGCUCCUAAUAAACAAAGGGGAAACCUGCUGGUCAGAAUACCAGCAGUAACAAAUUAAUGAAGGUAUUAUUAUUAAUUAUUUAUUCACAACUCACAUUAAUAUAAUGAUACUAAGUGAGCUUUGUUUGAAAGGUGGCUCAUAAUAUCAUCCACCCCUAGCUGUUCCGGUGUUCUUUCCUGCUCAUGGAAAGCUAAGAAAAUUCAAAUAGAAUAGUAAUAAACCAUAUGUUACUCCUUAUCAAAUUAAUGCCACAAACAUUUGCAAAAAAUGAUUUUUUUUUGAAACCUGAAUGAAGACAACCUUUUGCUAGCCUUUAAGUACUUGUAAGUGUAUGAGUACUUUUUUUAGUUUAAACAUAAGUUUUCUUGCUUUUUUAAAACUUUUCAGAACACUGAAACACAGGAAGACUGUUUCGUCAAUAGUUGUUAUCUCCAUUUUAACGAUUCUUGCCUAUAAUUUGGAUGGGGCACAUCAAGAGGUACAAACUACUUUUUACAAGUACUUUAGUUCUUGCAGGACUUAUGUUUUAUCAAUAAAUUAUUAUCAAUGCAUGUGAAGCUCUCUCAACAGACACUCCAGUAAGCAUAAAGCUCCUUUUAUGGCCAUUUAUAAAACUAUUUGAACUCUCUGCUUACAAAUUUAUUCCUAUUUUCAUUGAUAUGUUUGCUCCGAAAUGGGCACGUGGGCCCCAUAAUUUAGCACGUUUUCCCUCCUGGGACCCUUGCAUUACCCCUGGGUAUUGAGCGUGGUAUUUAAAUGUUUUGCCAACAUCAGGAUCACUUUUCAGAUCGCUUUUCUAUGCGUUCAUGCCCCGAGAGGGCAUAUAUACUUGUGUUUUUUGUGUGCCAUUCUGGUUUUCGUCGCUGAGCAUGGCCUAGGCUCCUGACGCUAUCCUUCCUUAUGUUUUGGAAGCCAUUCGCCCGGCUGUGAUACCUCCUUCGAGUUACCUUCUAUAGCGUGAGUCGCUUUCAGACUGGAUUUCAUGGCGGGUAUCAUUCUCCAUUUCAUUUCAUGGCGUGUGUCGCCUUCAGCUUGUUUUCACAGCGUUUGUCGCCUUUAGGUUGUUUCUAUGGCGUGUGUCGCCUUCCGGUUAGCCGUUUCUGGUGUGUGUCGCUUUCACUAGUUUUAUAGCAUGUGUCUCUUUUAAGUUGUUUUCAUGGCGUGUGUCCCCUUCAGCUUGUUUUUACGGCAUGUGUCGCCUCCAGGUUGUUUUCACGGCCUAUGUCACCCUCCAGUUGGCCAUUUCUAGCAUGUGUUGCUUAUAAGUUGUUUUCACGGCGUGUGUUGCCUUCAGGAUGUUUUCAUGGCAUGUGUUGCCUUCAGGAUGUUUUUCUCGGCGUUUGCUGCCUUUAGGUUGUUUCUACGGUGUGUGUCACCUUCCGGUUAGCCAUUUCUGGCGUGUGUCACUUUCACUCUAGUUUCAUGGUGUCUUUCAUAUUUUGCUCUCUAUUUAGGGUUCAUAGCACGUGUCGCUUACAACUUGCCCAGGCAUGUACCACCUUCAAGUUGUUGUCAUGGCGUGUGUCGCCUUAAGGUUAGCGGCAUUUCUAGCUUUAGACGUUUUCAGACUAGUUUUUAUAACGUGUGUCGCCCUUAGGUUUCCUCAGCCGCUAUAGUGCGUAUCCCUUUCAGGCUGGUUUGUUUAUGGUAUUUUCUGCUCCUCGUUUAGUUUUUGUAGUUUGUGUCAAGUUCAGUCUAGUAUUUGGUAUCUCCUGCUCUUAUUUAUUCAGUAUGUCGUUCCUCCCUUUUGGGAUCGUUUUGGUCUUGUAUUUCGCAUUUUCUAUACUUUGCGGUCUGUGUUUUUUCUGUAUGCGUGCUCCUUCGCAUAUCCUGUAGUUUGUCGUGUUUUUAUUCGUGUUCGUUGUUGCUUACGUUUUAGUUUCCACAACUAGUUCCAGUAAUUCGGAAAUUUUCUUCUCUAUUUCUAGAUCUUUGUUUGUUCGUCAGUGUUAUAGAAGUUAAAACAUUAGUUUUUUGUAGUUUAUUUCCUCGGGCCCUUUUGUUUUCUCGUCUUUUAUUCACUUGGCAUUUUUAAGCGAUGUUAAAGUGUUAAGCUUCCAGUGCCAGUACCCACGACACGUGCUUUUAUCAUCGGUUUUUCUGGUUUGAAUUUAGAAUUCAUAAUCAUGGCAUCUCUGUUCUGUUUUGUUUACAAAUAUCAGUGCGCGGUGUACACACUGGGGGGCUCUUAAACGGAAGACGGCCGCUUUCAUCCUGUUAUUUUGAAUUAGUCAUCCCCGGUUCUAUGGUUUAGCUGUGUGGGCUGUUUUCUACGUUCCAGAUUUAUUCUGCGUUUGCCAUUUGUUGUUUAGUUUUAUGGGCUUAUAGUUAUUUAUGCGGGUUCAUCUCGACUACAUGUAUACCUCGUGUCACGCAAAUCGGCCCAUCGCUUUGUUUUGGUUGGUUUUUUCUUGUGUGUUGUUUUACUUGCUUCGAGCAAUGUUUUGUUAUUUCAUGACUUUUGGUCUUGAGCUCCUGCUAUCAGUCCAGUCGAUCUGGGGCGGGUAGUUCUAAAUUAUGCCCAAUACUCUGUCUGUGACGGGGUUCCUGGAUCGGCCUGGUUGGUGGCUCCCCUUUUUCUCCUUUAUUUCUUUUUCCAGUUUCGGUUUAACGCUAUCACGUGAGGUAUAUGUGCGUUGCCCUCGUGGUAAUCUAUUUCCAAUUAUUUCGCUUUUAGGCACUGCUUAACUUCUUAAACGCAAGAGAUUCCAUCAGAGCUGAUCAUACCUGGUGUAACUGGAAGGGGAGCCCGCCAGUUGGGCCGGUCCGCUCCCGUCUCCCUCAUCGGUCUCGGCUAUUUCUUUGGCUUUGGGAAGUCGACCCUUGUUCCCAGGCAAACAUCGGUUUUUCUGUGGUAUAUCAUAGAUUUUCCUUACACUACGUUUUUAAUGCCCCUAGAUAAGAAGGUUAAACUUGCUUCUUUUCAAGAAAAUAUGCUUAGCCACAAGACGGUAUUUCUAAGUCUCUGCAGAAGUCUGUGGGAAGAUAAACUCCUUUACACUCUUGUACCUGCCACCAGGUUGUUUUCUUGUCCGGCGUGUUUGGCCUUAUCACAUGGCACUGGCGUCUCCAAGAGCUGUUCCCGUAGGGUGAGCUUCUGAGAUUGGGGGAAAUAUGAUGAUUUUCCUAAGGUUGUUGGCUUAGUGGCGGUAUUCGGCGCCCGGGUAGAAAUUAUUUUCGCCCAUAUCUUAGUAUUCCCCGCGUGUGCCAUAGAGGUGCAGCAUAUUAAUGAAAAUUCUCCUACUAUUUUCAUUGAUAUGUUUGCUCCGAAAUGGGCACGCGGGCCCCAUAAUUUAGCACGUUUUCCCUCCUGGGACCCUUGCAUUACCCCUGGGUAUUGAGCCCGGUAUUUAAAUGUUUUGCCAACAUCAGCAUCACUUUUCAGAUUGCUUUUCUAUGCGUUCAUGCCCCGAGAGGGCAUAUAUACUUGGGUUUUUUGCCCCCCCUCCUCCCCUCAGCGACGAAAACCCGGUUAUGCUGCACUUCUUCUCAUACGCGGAAAUUAUUUUUGCCCAUAUCUUAGUAUUCCCCGCGUGUGCCAUAGAGGUGCAGCAUAUUAAUGAAAAUUCUCCUACUAUUAGCAGCCAUCCCUAGUUGGAGCACUUUGAAUAGUGGGGAAUUCCAGAAAAUAUCUGUUGUGGUUCAAUUUUGUCCUUGGUUUAAAUGCUAAUGAGUUUAAGACAGAGGGAAAUACAAUUUAAACCAAGGGUAAAAUAGACCUAUUCUGCUAACUCGAUGUUGUACAGACCACGUGCAUUUUGUCAGUUUUCUUUAGCAAAUGAACACUAACACAUGCCAGAUGGAUGGAUGCUUGUGGGUGUCAGCAUCUUCAUCAGUUCUUGCUUUAUUUUUGAAUUGAUUAUAAUAAAAGUCCAUUAAAUAUGUGUUUUCAAGGAAUACACUCUUGUCUGUCCCCUGUGGAAAUUCCAGGUCUUGAACCCCUCCAUGCCUUCGGAAUUCCAAUCGUAAGUAUCCCCCAUGCCUUUGCAUUCCCAGUUCAAAGAAUUCCCUCUUGCCCUUGGAAUUCCGAAAAGCCAUCCAUGGUAUCGUAUUGGGUAUUUUCUGGAAUUGCUCAAUUCUGUAUCCUUUAAGCAGAGCUGCAAAUAUCAGGCGGUGGUCAUUGAAUAAUGUCUGACAAAAUCUUAACCGUGAUUGGACAUGAUGUCCGGACAUGAUGUCCGGACAAAAUUACUACCAAAGAAAAUCAUUUUACAGAUUAAUAAAAUCUAACUUGCACAUACAGUGUAUGUGAAUAAUGUUUAAAUACCAACAAUAAUAUUUUUAUAUAAGGUGAUGUACUGUAAGACAGUAAUCAGUCAACCUGCCAAUACAGGACUUAAAGUGUGCACAUUUUGUCAGAGAUGCAAAGUGCAUCCUUGAUUCAAAACUGAAUCAUGUGGACGAUUUGCAAUGCGUAGGCUUCUGGAUUGAUAAGCAAAGAAAGACCUUGAGUCCCGUAAAGCAAAAGCGUGGUGGCCACUUCCAACAAACAGAUGGUUGGGUGAAAAUCUAAUCUAGACCUGAUGAUAAGAUUUUUGGAGCGUCAGUUGAAUCUGUUUUGUUGUGUGGCCAUGGAUUGGAGAGGUGGACAUUGAUCACUGCUGUUACACAAGGAACUCUUAGACACUAUAUGAAUGAGGGUCAUUAUAUCCAGCAAAGAGCUCUAUGGCAACCUGCCUAUAAAGUCUAGUCUCCAGAUAUGCUGACUGUAGUUUAGUGGCCAUUGUUACAGACGGAAGAAUAAGAUUAUUAUUUUUCAAGAUUUUUUAAAGAAUAAGAUUAUUUCUCAGCUACUUCUUUAUGAUCCAAAACAUGGGAUCAAAAAACACAAAAAGUGCAAGGUACCCAACAACAAUUUCAUAGACCAACAAAUGACCAAUGGUCAAGGGGGCAGCAGCAAUAUUCGUACAUGUCAAUUAUCAACUAGAGAAAUUAGAUACCAGUCUUUCUAGACAAGAACUGCCAGGUGUCAUCGCUGACAGAGGGAAGUAGGGAAAACUCAUCAAAUUGGUGCAGUGUACACAAAAUAGAUAGAUACCUUUUAGUACUUGCAACAUUUAACGUAACUAGUUAAGUGUACUUUCUAUAUUUCAGUCCUUAGUACAAAUCAAGUCAGUAUUGUUUUGGUGGGGUUAUUGGGUUGGCCUCGGCAUUCUCUCAUCUGUUGGAUUUGGCACUGGACUUCACACCUUUCUUCUUUACCUGGUAAGGGAAAUAAUUAUCAUUAUUAUUACAGUUGACUCUCUCUUAACGGACACCUCUAUAAGACGGACACCUCCCUAAAAUGGACACCUAGAGUUGGUCCCUACCUUUCUUUACUCCCUUUAUUUGACUCUCUAUAAGACGGACAUCUCUCUAAGACGGACACUUACUGCCGGUCCCAAAGGUGUCCGUCUUAGAGGGAGUUGACUGUAAUGCAUUAUCAAAAUGUUAACAUUAAAAAUUUCUCUAUUUAUAAAUAAAGGUAAAUUUCAAGCUUAUAUCCAAUUAAGUUCUGAUGGUGUCUGCUUGAUGCAGGUUUCACAGCGUAGAUUAAAAUUUUGUCACUGUGAGAUGUAAAAACUGGAACUGAUCUUCCAGCUGCUAGGCUAGUCAAAGACAAAAAAAUAUUGUCAGCCAAUUAGUUGUUAUGCAGUUGCUCUACAUGUACACUGUACAAUAAUUAAUCUGACUGCAUCUGUAGUCAGGGGCACCUAACGAGAAUAUAGUCCAAAACCACUUAAACAUAGAAUCGUUUAACUUAUUUUAGUAUUUAAACGGUAGAUAUAGGCAUAUUUUAAUCCCCUAAAAAUUUUUCAUCUGUUCGGAUUUCUUAGCAGAAAGUCUAGUGAUCCGAAAAUUAUAGGGAUCAAAACUUAACUUUUCGAAAAUUUCAGCCAGAAAAAAGGCUCCCGAAAAUUCUAGGUGACCUUUUUACGGUAAAAAUCCAUUAAAAAUAGGCAAUUAUACCACUUUUUAGAUGUUCGAAAAAUCCUAGGAGAGGCAGGCAAGCAAGAAAUUUUACAACAAAUGUUCUGAAAAAUCUAGAUCUCAAAUCGUCUUCCGAACAGAUACUUUUCCGAAAAUUGUCGUGUGGUGCCCCUGUGUAGUGUUUGUGAGUUCCCACACAAAAGGAAAGCAGAGUCAAAGUGUUGAUGGUUAUAUCAAGGUAGGUACGUGGAAGGUCUGUCUCCUCAAAAAAAAAAAAGAAACACUUGUUUCCGGUGACAGUUUUAACACCUUGCAGUUUACUGAGUGGAAAUGAAAACUUGUAAGAGAUUGUUGCAAGCUCUCCUUUCUUACCCCACCCCUCGCACUCACAUCUCCCUUCGCAUGCGGCUCUUGUGUGACAUCUUGUGACCCUUCCAAAUGAAGAGCUUGCUUUCAGGCUAAAAAAAUUAACUUUAUGUAAAGUUGUUUUGUAGUAAUACACUGCAACUGUAAUGUUACAUUGCACUCUAUCAUAAUGAUUUACAUAUAUAACUUUUUUGUUCUCUCAGGGACCUCACAUUGCAUCUGUGACAUUAGCUGCCUGGGAGUGCAAUACCUUAGACUUUCCUGAGCCCCCUUACCCUGUUGAGUAAGUUCUUUUCUGUUUUUGCAUCAUUUUAAAUCCACAUUGUUUUUAAUCCAAGAGGGAUACACACUGCAAGUUGUAUACCGCAAACUGCAGCUUAUUAGCCCUGACCAUGGGCUUAUACAGGUACAUCUUUGUAAUGGUUUUUUUAGGGGUUAUAAAUGGAAAGGCUUAUAUUUGAAGGGGAUUUUUAUUAAAACAAAAAAAGUGCUUUGAAACAAGCUCUGACAGUGCUGAUGAAAAUGCAUUUGAGUUUAUUGGUUUUUAAGCUUCAAAACGUCAUACAUUCAUUGGAGAAGGGGGGGGGGGGCUUAUAUCCGGAGGGGGUUAUGCUUGGAUUUAGUUUUUAGGUUUUUGGGUAAACAAGCCUUUAAUGGGAAGGGGUCAUAAGUGCCGGAGCUUAUAAUUGGAAAUUUAGGUUAUAGGUUAAGAUAAUAGAGUAUAAUUUUAAGUNAGCACACAUAUCAGGUUUAAUGAUGUGGAAAUGAAUUUUUCUUGAAGACAAGGGGAUGCCUCUGAAUUACACCUUUUGUCCUUCAUUAACAGAAAAUAGAAAUUCAAUUUUUUACUGGAAUUCAAUAAGAUUUUUAAUUAGUAAGAACAUUUUCACGUAGAAAUGUUCAUUUUAAUCAUCUGUCGUUUCAUUUGUGCAAUUACCAUGCUAAUGCAUCUUCAAUAACACGAUUGGAAUGUCAUUUUCUUUAUUGUAAGGUCUAUUACGUUUUUGGGAAAAUGUUAACAUCAAUAGCACUGACAUUUUAUAUUUUUUGAAAGUCAUUACCUACAAGUACAUUACUGUGCAUAACAAACCAAGUUUAUUUUUAUAUAAACCAAUUGGAUAUUUUAACAUUCUUGUGUUAUACAAUGGAUAUAGCAGCUGGUGAGAAUUUAAGUUAAAACGUUGUUACUUCAAUAAGCACUUCUAAUUUUAAAUAAUUUUUCAUUAAUGCUUUUGUUAUUUCUAGGAUCCAGUGUCCUGAAGAUGAUCACACAUCAACAGUAAACAUGUGGACCAUCAUGUCUAAAGUCAGGGUUGAAGCUUUCAUGUGGGUGAGUCAAUUGCUGUAUAAAAAUAAUUAAUAAAAUUAAUUCAUGCCAUUUGGCAUCUUUGUUGAUAUGAGGUGUCACACAAAAUAAUGUUGUUCUUGUGAUAAAUCAUUGCUCCAAGCACAGGUGACCCAGGCUCAGUGAUAGUACCAAAGUAGGAAUCCUGUGAAGUUACAGUGUUAAUGUAUAUAUGUAUAUGGUGCAGUUAAUUUUUUUAUUUCCAUUAAUUUUUGUUUUUCCUUUGUUUUAAAUUCCUUAACAUACAUUAGCAGACCCAAAAACAAUGGAAAAUAAAAAUUAACUGAAAUUAACUUCACCCCAUACAAACACUGUAAAUUUCCAGGAUAUUUUAUACUGAGGUACUAUCACCGAACCAGGGUACCUGUGCUCCAAGCUAAACUUUUUCAGGGUUACGUGUGGUUAUGACCUAUGUAUAAUGAUUUGCAGAAAUACAUGAGAGACAUUGGGCGCGUGAAAACAAACACUUUGUGCAAUAUUGCAUAAAAUGCUAUUUAGAAAUAAUCAAAAUAGCCUCUAGAGAGAUUAAUAAGAAAACAGAGUGUAAAUAAUCUGUUCAUGCACUGAAUAGUACUUACAGUAACUGCAGUUUUUGGUAGGAUUUUUGUAAAGUUAUAGUACUUUUCAUCCUGAAUUUGUUAUUCUGUUUUGAUCAAGUCAUCGUUCACAACUUGUUUUGCAGGGAGCAGGGACAGCCAUUGGUGAACUUCCACCUUAUUUCAUGGCCAGAGCAGGUAUAAACUCAAUAUAUCAGACUGGAUAUACCUGUACAUGUACAUUAUAUCUGUGUCCUAUUUUUGUGGUAUUGCUUGAUUUUUAUUUUUCCAUGUCAGAACGUUUAAAACUGGAACUGGCAUUUUCAUCUUAUGUUCUGAAAAAAAAAAUUCUAUUUUUGCAGGCACAAGUAGUACAUGUAUCCCAGACAUUCUCAACUGCUUUUAAGAAGGCUCAACAAAAAAAUCGCCAUACUCUGUUAAAUGGUCUUUAAAACGCAACUUACCGAGCAAAGUAUUAAAGUGCACACACAUUUCUCUAUUUCCCCCAGCUCGUUUGUCGGGAACAGACCCAGACGAUGAAGAAUUGGAAGAAGUUGAAGAACUGGAACGUUUAACUUCACUUAAAAAUCAGAGUUUGUGGACAAAAAUUAAGAAAGUUAUCCUUGAUUUAGUGGAGAGAGUUGGUUUCUUUGGCAUUCUCGUGUGUGCCUCAGUGAGUACAGUGAAUAUGUAAAUCUCAAUGUCUAACAUUGUUAUGUCAAUUUUGGAGUCUUAUCUUUUUCUUAAGGCUUUAGUUGAAAUAUGGAUGAGGCUCAUUACAGUAUAGAUAUACUUGACCAGACUGGUCAAUGGACUUUCUGUGCAGCUGAAGAGAAAACAACAAUAAAACUCUCUUUAGGAUAAUCACUAUGAAAACAUCCUUUGAAUAUACCAAGAAUGCCGCUUCAUGACAAUAUUAUUACACUCUACAGUGUCUUAAUUUUCUGAAAAUCAGCCAGUUCCAGGCUCCGAUUCUCACCCGCUUUUCAAAUACGCGUCCACACGUAGUGUAUUUGAAUUGUUUUUGUCCAUCCGUAUGAAAACGCUAAAGUGGUGCCGGGAAAUAUGAUAGCAUCCCGUACAGCGUGUGCAUUAUGCAACAAUCUAGGACAGAGAAAAAUAGAACAGCAAACCCCCAUCCCCUCCGAAAUCAAGGAGGAAGCCGCGCAAAAGCCAAAACGCGCCAUCUUAUCAUUUUUGAUUCGGGGGGAGAUGGGGGCGGGGGGGGGGCCUAAAUUUUCCAUCUGUUUUGUCCAAGAUUGUAGUAGCACGAUGAUGUAUGACUUAACUGGAUUCGAAAAACUCCGUUUUCGACCAUCCACACGUAAACAAAAGGAUGGUGAUUUUAAAAAUCUCCAGUUGUUAACAAUGUCUGAUUUUAAGAAUACCCGGAUACGUGUGUCCGGAUGGGGCCUAAGAGUAAUUUGUCACCCAUCAGACAUGCUUUGCAUAAGCGUCCAGCCUAUAUGGAGAGACGUUUGCGUGUAACUAUGUGUACCAUUUCUUGAUCAUGCAUAGGUUCCCAACCCUCUGUUUGAUUUAGCUGGAAUCACUUGCGGCCAUUGCUUGGUACCUUUUUGGACGUUUUUUGGAGCAACACUUAUUGGCAAAGCUGUAAUAAAGAUGCAUCUUCAGGUAGGUAGCCAUGCUUUUUUUUUUUUUUCAUUCUGUGAGCGAGAAGUUUCACUUUAUCGACUAUAAUUUUAGAUAACUAUUUAACUCAAUAUAUAAAUAAAUGAAAGAAUAAGUAGGUAAAUACUUAAUUUAAUAUCCUCUCUCCCUAUGGCGCUUAUGAACCAAUAAUUUAAAUGGAACAUAAUAUGGUUAAGAAUCUCAAGUAGUCGGAGGUGAACCAGUUGGUUAUUUACAUGUGUGGCCGAGGAUUUGAACUUGGGACUACCAACAACAAAUCCAGUUAACGGUCAGAGUAGGACUUGAACUCAGAGCCUCCAGAUUACAAGUCCAGUGCUCUAACUGCUCGGCCACACCACACCACCACACCUGUUAAUAUGCCGGUAAACUCCAACAGCAAAGUGCAAAUAUAAUUAUUUUUUGGUAAUAUAUGUUCUGAGAAUGGAAACGUCAGGCAUUCACCUCAACAAGUGAGACAGUAAGUAAAUCGGGGUUGUCACUAAAGACAGGGAACUGGGCAGUUCUCCGGGCAACUAUAAGCAGCGCCCCCCUCCCGGCUACUUUCAGAGAACAAAAAAAACAAAAUGAUAGAACCAAAACAAUUUCCUAACUAUUCAAUUCUCCACCUACCAUUUACAUAUACCCAGCAACUGUCUCCCUUCUCCCAGACACUCCUACUCUUUUCAAACAGCGUGCGUUGUCUUUUACGAUACAUUCUUUUCUGCUCAUUUCCAUCUCUCUUUUUGUUUUGCAGAAAACAUUUGUUAUCCUAGCUUUUAGCAAGCACUAUGUAGAGGCAGUUUUAUCAUAUGUAGGGUGCGUAUUGUCCCUUUUAAUUUUAAAAGUAUGUUAAUUCUUCUUUCAUUUAUAUUUUGAUAUCACUUCUAAGAACAGUUUUUGGAAGAGUUUGGUAAGAUCAAAAACAAUCAAACCUUACUGCCAUCAUUGCUUUGGCUUCAUGAGAUAAUGAGGAGAACAGAAAUUUGGCUCUUUUUUCUCGGCAAAGAGUUCAUAAAAAAGCCUCUUCAUGAACUAAGACAGACGAUGUUUGCCUCUGUUUUGCAGUAAAAUACCAACAAUUGGACCGUAUAUUCAGAAGCCUUUCAAGAUAGCACUAGAAAAGCAAAAAGAAAAACUGCAUAGGAAGCCAGGACAAGGGGGUAGUACCACGUCGGUAAGUAAGAUUUUUGUGCGAGCAUUC